UCUUCGUGCACGCUUAUCAUUGGUUGUUACUGACAUAACCUCAGACUCUACAUUUUGCUGAAACGCUUACAUGAAAAUAUGUUCGGCAAGUUGAUCUCGGGUGUAUUUCAAUUCUUGCCACGAGCGGGAACGUCGAAUCAUCUUUCAUCAACGGUAAAUGCAACUUCUGCAUUAUGGAGCCCAUGGAGUUUAACAUUUGUCAGAAAUAGGAUGAGGUAUCAUUUUCCUCAUCCUAGUGAAAGUAAACGCAUUAAAAAACAUGGUUGGUGGGCGAGAUUAUCAACACCGAAUGGUAGAAAAAUUCUCCAGAGAAGAAUCUUAAAGGGCAAACAUGUAUUGUCUCAUUAAUUAUUACUUUAUUACUUACUGGAUUGAUCAAAUAUAUGAAAAUGUAUACUAAUAAAUGUUAUUUA